GAGAGCGUCGCUGCUCGCAGGUUGUAUUGUCUGACUGUCAGUGUAGGAUACAGCUGCUCGAAAUAACCUUUAUUUAACAUUUACACGUUUCUCCAGGUAUUUAUGUGCUUUAUUUUAUCUUUUAAAUUGGGAGGAGAGACAACCAAGUCAAUGAAAUAGCUCGCAAGCUAAUAGAAGCAAGCGAAAAUAAUUCGUCGAGUGUUUUUUUUAACGUUCGUUGGGUGUUCAGAAUUCAUCGCGGUUGAUCUGUUUUCUCUUAUUGAGAUAGUAGAGCUAUGGCAAAAGUGCAAGUGCUAAAUGUAGCUGUACUGGACAACCCAAGUCCAUUUGGAAACCCGUUUCAGUUCGAGAUAACUUUUGAGUGCAUGGAUGAUCUUCCGGAGGAUCUGGAAUGGAAGAUUAUUUAUGUGGGCUCAGCAGAAAGUGAGGAGUAUGAUCAAACUCUUGACUCUGUCCUUGUUGGCCCAGUUCCUGCAGGGCGACACAUGUUUGUGUUUCAGGCAGAAGCUCCAAACACCACCCUAAUACCUGAGAGUGAUGCUGUGGGCGUUACUGUUGUUUUAAUCACAUGUACAUACAGAGGACAAGAGUUCAUACGCAUCGGCUACUAUGUUAACAAUGAGUACACAGACACUGAGCUUCGUGAGGACCCACCCCUUAAACCUGACUAUGGACAGCUCCAGAGGAACAUCCUGGCUUCAAACCCACGUGUAACCAGAUUUCACAUCAACUGGGAGGGAUAUGCUGAGAAGAUGGAGGAUUCAGAGAACGUAGACCCCGCACCGAACACCAUGCUGCCCCCAUCCUGCACCCCGGGCAAAGCACCUCCACUGGGACUGAUGCCAGACAACUCCAUGGACUGUUUGUAGUGACGCAGGCUCCUGUGAAUAAUCCUUACAUCUCAAGGCCCACCCAUGAACUCAGGUCAAUCUGGACACUGUGGAGGAGAGGCGAGAUUAUUCAAACACACCAGUCACUGAAAAAAAAAAGUGUAUCUAAUUUUGUCACAGGUGUCACACCUAUUUGAAAUGAAUCAGUGGUGUGCACAUUCAGGCAGCUCUUUUCUCCGAUAUGCAAUUAAAAUAUUUUCUUUUCAGUUUGAAAUUUAAAUGGAGAGCUGGUGAGUCAUGAGUCUAAGACAUGAUUAGGAUGUGUUCUGCAUCUAAUGCUGUCUCUCUCAUGGCACAUUAACCUUUUGAUCAAAAACUGAUCAUUUCUCAAACCGAAGAGGGUGGGAGAUCAAAUAAGUUUUCAAAUGAAUAAUGCAAAAAAAUAAGCUACAAAUGGUUGCAGCUUCUCUUGCCAAUAUUUUUUGUAGUUGGGACUGUAUUGUAUUGUGUGUGUGUGUGUGUGUAUAUAUAUAUAUAUAUAUAUAUAUAUAUAUAUAUAUAUAUAUAUAUAUAUAUAUAUAAUGUCUCUUUGUGUGCCAGUUCUCAUUGAAAUAAAUGUUUUGUUACAUGAUAAAAAU